AUGAGGGUAGUAUGCGUGGCUGAGAAGAAUUCAAUUGCCAAGGCGGUGGCGGGAAUAUUGGGCGGGGGAAACACGCGUACGCGAUCAUCGCCUUCGAAAUACAUCAAGAACUAUGACUUCACGUACAACUUUGCGUGGGCGCAGGGCGGGGAACGCUGCGAGGUGACGAUGACGGCGGUGGCAGGGCACCUGAUGAGCCAGGACUUCGGUCCACAGUACGGGUGGAACAAGUGCGACCCGCGGGAGCUAUUCGGGGCGGAGAUUCUGGAGACGCCCACGCGAGAGAUCGCGGAGAAUAUAACGCGAGAGUGCCGCGGGGCAGAGUACUUGAUGAUCUGGACUGACUGUGACCGAGAGGGGGAGGCGAUAGGAUGGGAGAUCGCGCGCGUUGCGAUGCAGGCGAACACGCGACUGGUACGAAGCCGGAUCCAUCGAGCGGUGUUUUCUCACCUGGGGCGGGAGCAUAUUAUGCGCGCGGCCAACUCCCCGUCGCAGAUCGACAUGAACGCGGUGGACGCGGUCAAGGCACGGUCAGAGAUCGACCUGAGAGCGGGGUACGCUUUCACGCGUCUGUUGACGGCGACCCUGCGCGCCAAAGUCGAGCAGGAUAUGCCUGCGGCGAACGAGAAGAAGCGGGCGCUAAUCUCGUAUGGGACAUGCCAGUUUCCGACCCUGGGGUUUGUUGUCGAUAGGUACGAGCGCAUUCAGAACUUCGUAUCGGAGGGGUUCUGGUAUCUCCAACUACUGAUUGAGGACCCACAGUGCGCGCGUAAGGUCACAUUUAGCUGGGACCGGGGCCACUUAUUUGACCGGCUGUGCGUUUUAUGUCUAUACGAAACUUGCAUUGAGGCUACGGGCAACAAAGCUCUGGUGUCUAGUGUCACUGCGAAGGACACUUCCAAAUACCGACCUCUUCCGCUGACUACCGUUGAGUUACAGAAGAACUGCUCCAAGUUUUUGAGGAUGUCUGCAAAGCAGUCUCUUGAUGCCGCUGAAAAGUUAUACCAGAAGGGCUUUAUAUCCUAUCCUAGGACUGAGACGGACGUGUUUUCCAAACAGGCGAACUUGCAGGGAUUGGUUCAGCAGCAGACCGAGCACAGCCAAUGGGGCGCCUACGCUUCUAAACUUCUCAGUGGAGAAGGCAGUAACAGGUUUCAAUGGCCUAGGGAAGGAAAACACGAUGAUCAGGCACACCCGCCGAUACAUCCGGUUCUUUGCGCUCAACCGGAUGCAAACUUAUCUGUUGAUGAGAAAAGAGUGUAUGAGUAUGUCGUUAGACAUUUCUUGGCGUGUUGUUCCCAGGAUGCGAAAGGUAGGUCAUCAAAGAUCAAGUUAAAAUGGCAUACAGAGGAGUUCUCUGCGACCGGACUUCAGGUACAUGAAGAGAACUUCCUGGAGAUUUAUACAUAUCAGAAAUGGACUUCAAGCGAACAAUUGCCAACUUUGCCUUUGAAUAGUCAGGUGGAAUUUGCCAAAGCGGAAAUGAAGUCAGGAAAGACGUCUCCACCAAAGUAUAUCACCGAGAGUGAACUUAUCAUGUUGAUGGACGCUAACGGAAUAGGGACCGAUGCUACUAUUGCGGAGCACAUAGAGAAAAUCCAAGAACGGCAGUAUAUUAAGGCUGAAGGGACUGCUAAGAAUAAAGUAUUUAAACCGACAAUGUUGGGCAGAUCGUUGGUACAUGGGUUCGAGGACAUAGGUCUCGAAGAAUCCUUCGCCAAGCCAUUUUUAAGGCGAGACAUGGAGCUAGAUCUGAAGCGAAUAUGCGAGGGAACAAAGGACCGAAAUAGUGUGCUGGCUAAUUUGAUCGGUAUGUACAUGGAUUAUUACGACCAAACUGAUAGACAGAGGAGUAAACUGAUACACUGUUAUGAGCGAAUAAAACAAGAAUCAUAG